UAUGUAUCAAAACACUGUUACAUCAGAAACACAUCUAUUAAAGCUCUGUAGAAGCCCUAGCGGGGCGUGUAACCAUCCCGAGGUUGGCGUCAUCGUAAUGUAACUAGAUAAAGCAGUUAUCUAAUUACAGACACAGAGACCGCCCGUUAGUCUUCUCACCUCUGCGCGGAAGGAGCCAGGUGACUGACAACUUCCGGCAGGAACUUGCCCACGCCCUGAGCAUUUUUUGUCGGGGAAACUUAUUCCGCCAACCGGAAAGGCGAUCCUCUCGCUGACUCCGUUCCUUUAACAGUCAGCCAAAGCCCCGCCCACUACGGAAAGCGAAGCGGGUCUCACCGCGGAGGCCGUCCACAGGAGAACUUCCGCCACUCUCACCAGUCGCCAUCCCCGGCACAGGAUGGCUACUCUUUUUCUGAAGAGGUUAGUACUAGAGACUAUAAAGACUGAAAGUACUUUCACUCGAAGAUGUUUGGGGAAAUACCUGGUGCAGCAAACAGCACCAGCGCACUUGGCCCUUGUUGCUCCUGCCUCCCGGCUGUGCUGCCGAAUUCACGCAAAAGCUUUCAGUUCUGUGGAAGGUACUGAGGUUGAAACGACAAAGAAGAAAAAGAAUGACACAACUUUCAGUAACAUUGGAAGAAAAAUUCAUGACCGAAUCAUUCAUGUGCUUGAUGAGAAGGGCAAUGACUUGGGAAACAUGCACAGAGCAGAGGUGAUUCGACUCUUGGACAAGAGCGACCUGAGGCUGGUGAAGAGAAACACCACCACAGAGCCCCCAGAGUACCAGCUCCUGACGGGGGCUCAGAUCUACGAAGAACGGUUGAGACUUAGAGAGCUGGAGAAGGCUAAGUCUAAAACUGGGCCUACCCUGACAAAGGAACUAACGUUUUCUUCAACUAUUGGGCAACAUGACUUGAACACAAAGAGUAAACAGAUUCAACAGUGGAUUGAGAGAAAAUACAAAGUUCAAAUUACUAUAAAGAAAGGGAAAAACAAAGAAGAGCCAGAAAAUAAAAUGGAGGAGAUAUUUGAUCAGAUACUUCAGACUAUGCCUGGAAUAGCUACAUUCUCAUCCAGGCCACAACCUGCUAGAGGAGGAAAAGCUGUAAUGUGUGUUCUUCGACCUUUGAGCCAAAAGGAAGAGAAAGCAUAUAAAGAACUGCAAGGAACCCAGAAUGAAGACACGGCCAACAAAGAACAUGGGCGUGACAGAGAAUCAGAUGUUCUGCAUCAGUGAUUUUAAUAUAAAAAGG